AUGGAUGUCGCCAACAUGCAUUCGCAUCACACACAGUACGGCAAUUUCUACGACUUUUGCCGCGAUUCGACCCUCCCAGUCUGCAACCUCUUUCGCGAAUCACCCGUCAAUGGAGGAUCUGGUUGGGGUAGCUGUCAGUUGACAGGCAUACCGCUCAGCGGCGGAAGACAUUUGACAAACCUCGGAUCAAUCCUUCUGUGCGGCAUUGCGAUACUGGUGACGCUUCUGCUGUUAUGGCGUUCGGAAAGGAAGCGUGCUGCCGUCGGGCGCAGGGAGAUGCAAUUAUUCCUCAUUGGUUACUUGAUUAUCGAGAUUUGUGAAAUCUUCACCGUCGGAGGCUUUCCCUUGGAGCGGAAAGUGCGCAUUGGCUUUACUGCCGUUCAUAUCGCCGCCAUUGUCGCAAAUUCCUGGAUAUUAUUGAUGAACGCGCUGGUCGGCUUUCAGCUUCUCGAUGACGGUACACCUCUCUCGAUCGGAUUGAUCCUUCUAUCAGCAGCCGCCUUCUUCAUCGGAACCGGAUAUAUUGUGCUGGACACGGGUUUCAGUUGGACUGGGUUUUUCGACUCGGACUUGGUCAAACCAGACCGGUCGUAUGCCAUAUACACGCUCUACCAACUGGUUCCCUUGGUCUUCCUUUUCCUCUACUUUGUGCUCGAAACCUAUCUGGUGAUUAAGGUCCUAGGAGAGAAGAAGCCGAUGCUCUAUUUGAUUGCCGCUACUCUCCUUUUCGCGGUCGGCCAAAUCUUCCAGUAUGUUAUCAGCACGCACAUUUGUCGAGGAACCCAUGGCAAGAUCAAUGGCGCCUUAUUCGAAACCUUCUUCACCUUGUGUGCUGUCGUCAUGCUUUGGGUGUUCUGGUCAAGCAUCACCGAAGACGACUGGCCCAUGCCCGCUGCCGAAGCGCCAUACACAUAA